AUGUUUACAAAGAAUCGGAGAAGCAACAUUGUGGUCAUUCUAAUAUAUGUAGAUGAUAUGCUAGUUACAGGCAACAACUUGCAAAUGAUUGAAGAUAUUAAAAGGCAGUUGCAUCAGUCAUUCAAAAUUAAAGAUCUAGAGGAACUAAGGUACUUUCUAGGGAUUGAAUUCUCUAGAUCACACAAGGGGAUAUUGAUGAACCAAAGAAAAUAUGCCCUGGAACUCAUAUCAGACUUAGGCCUGAGUGCUGGAAAACCAAGCUGGACUCCUCUUGAUAGUAAUCAGAAAUUCACUACUAGACAGUUGGAUGCAUUGACAGGGUUACAAGCUGAUGAGCCUUUGGUAGAUAGAGAAAAAUAUCAAAGACUCAUAGGAAAGCUAUUAUACUUGACUCUAACCAGGUUGGACAUUGCAUUCUCAGUUCAGACACUUAGUCAGUUCCUACAAGAGCCAAAGCAGUCACACUGGGAAGCAACACUGAGGAUAGUAAGAUAUGUGAUGAUGGAUCCAGGAAUAGGAGUAUUGAUGAGCAGCAAAAGAGAAAAUAAGUUGACUGCCUUUUGUGAUGCCGAUUGGGCUUCAUGCCCAAAUACGAGAAGGUCAGUGACAUGA